CCUUAAUAUAGGCGCAGUUAGGUCAACUUCACCUCAACACGGAAGUUAUGAGAUCUGUUGUUGUUUUAGGGAAAUAAUAACAAUUUUUCUGGAGCUGGACGUUGUUUGUCACAUCCUAAAUUUUGUUCUUUGAAGGGAAGAACUCAGAAAACAGGAAAAAUUGAGUAGAAAUUUGGUGAUCUUGCUGUACCACCAACUCUGGAAUAAUUUGGUCUUCAAGCAACUCAAUAAAAUAUGGCACAGGGUUCAAGAACAAUGAAAUGUGUGGUAGUGGGUGAUGGUGCCGUAGGUAAAACCUGUAUGUUAUGGUCCUACACAAGGAACCAGUUUCCAAGAGAAUAUAUCCCAACAGUAUUUGACAACUUUUCACAACCAAUGAAGGUGGAUGGAGUGUCUGUAAACCUUGGCCUUUGGGAUACAGCAGGUCAGGAGGAUUAUGAUAGGUUACGACCUCUUUCUUAUCCACAAACUGACAUCUUCCUGGUCUGCUAUCCACCAAGUUUAUCAGGAAAAUAUGGAAUCAAACCUGUCUCUUAUACACAUCGUAAACCAAAUUUUCUUUUUUUAGGUACAAAAGUAGAUCUCAGAGAAGAUAAAGAGGUGAUCAAUGAAUUGAAUAGCAAAGGGAAGAAAGUGUACAGAAAAGAGGACGGAGAAAGACUUGCUAAUAAAAUUGGUGCAGUUAAAUACAUGGAAUGCUCAGCCCUAACACAGAGGGGCUUGAAAAUGGUUUUUGAAGAAGCUGUACGCAUUGUAUUAAAUCCAACUCCUAUCAAAGAUGGCAAGAGAGGAAGGUGUCGAAUUAUCUGAUUUGUCUUUAUGAAAAAUUCUAAAAAAAAUUGAACUGUUGUUAAAAAAAGGACAGUAAUAGUAACAUCCAAAUGUACCCAAAGUUUUACACUCUUGCUACAGAUCAAACAACGUGAAAAAAAAAGAGAACAGCACGUGUAAGUCUUUCCAAGAAUGAGCAAAAAAGAAAUAUCCACCAAGUUUAUCAGGAAAAUAUGGAAUCAAACUGCCUGCAGGUCUUGCUUUGUGUGACAGGCAUUAGAUUUUCUGAGGUGUGUUCCUGCAUUUUCUACGUAACCAUGUUUUCCCCAGUUUCAUAUUCCUAGCGACAGUAAGAUGUUUCCGAUCAUUAGUGUUUUUAUUGUGCUUUAGAUAACUAACUAGGAUCAUAUUUAAUAUGAUAAUCCUUCGAUAUGUAAAUUUUUUGUUUUUUUCAUACACAUAUGCUGCCAAUAAUACAUUGUCAUUUGGUAUUGGAUUGUGUUGGCCCUUGAAAACAUACUUAGGGAGAUAUUGCUGUUUAUAAUCAUGUAGUUUCUUGCUUAGAAUUGUGCCUCUCCACAAUUUGUGUUCGUACUACCAAAGAAUAUAGAUAAGGGAAAUAUUUCCAUUCUAUGGAUUUUGUCAUAUCAGUUAAAGAAUCUGAUGUUAACAGAAGAUCUAUAAUUGAAUUAAUUAACCUGUUACAGCAAUUUAUACCAACAACUGCAUACACACAAAUUGUUUCUUCACCAAUAAUGCUACCAGUUUUUAAUGGGCGUUUUUUUUUUUUUAAUGUUUAAUUUUUUUUCUCUCAUUACAUAAAAUCAUGCCUAAUGGGAUCUCAUCCUCAUAAAUAUUCUUUGGUACUAAUCAGUGCUUCAUGGACUUUUGAGUCAUAAACCCCACCUGAACCUUCCCAAAUCCCACUGACCAUUCCAUCUGUUAAAAGCUCAGACUAAGCUCAGCUUUAAUGUCUAUUUAACUGUUCAUUCCCUGCUUAGUAUGAUGGACCUGAAAUUAUGUCUCUUAGCCAUGCUAGUCUAGGCUUGGCUUUGCAUAACCUAGUGCUCAACUACUGUGCUUAGCUUAGCUACUCGUCGGUGCUUAGGACUUUUAUGUGUUCAAAGAAUACAGUAAGCCGAUUUUAUAAGGUGUGAAUUUCACCAGUAGAAAUGGAAUCUCCUUUAUUAAUCAUUUAUUGGUAGUUGUUUAUAUGCGAUAAUGUUGUAAUGUAUACAGUAUAAGAAUAUGUAGUAUGGAGAAAAUCCACACUGUUGGACAAAAAGAAAUGUUCUGGUAUUGAAACCGAAUAGCAUUAAGGUGGACUUGCAAUUGAGGUGGUUGUUAAUACGUAUGAAUAUUAUAUUGGCAUGAAAAAGAUUCAUUAAGCCCUGUCCAUAUUAUCACAUUUUAUUUGACAAAAACAUGUGAUAUGCCUAAAUAUGGUCAUGAUGACAUCACAUCAUGACCAUAUAUAGGCACACCUUGACUUUAUAUGGACAUACAACAGUUUUUUCAAAGAAAAUAUGAUGAUGUAGACAGAAAUCUAUCUUGUUGUGACAUGAAUCAUUUGAAAAACUGAACCUUUCAGAAAGGAUCUGUGAAAGUUCUUAAUUUUAAGCACAUUUUUCGCAUCCCAACUUUGCAUCUAAUUAUAAAAACUAGUACGGUAUUUAUGAAAUCUCAGUUUAUUCAACUGUUUGUCCUCACAACUUUGUGAUCUAUGUUAAGCAAGUUUGUAUAUAUCUAUAAAGCAAUUUCCUAACAAUUUUCGAUAUCUGGCGUUUCUGCUCCCAUGAAUACUAAGAUACUGAUCAACAUAUAUCUAAUUGGCAUAAAAGUAAAAACAAAAGUAAAAACAAAAGUAUGAAGUGACCAGGUUUUCCUAUUCAAAUUUGAGAUUUUCACUAUUUGCACAUUGUGCCAACUCAAACUGUAGGGGGCAGCAUUGUUUACUUUGACUGGUCCCUUGUUUUUUGGCUAAAGACAUUCAAGUAUAUGCUCAAUGUAUUGAAUAUAAAUGUUAGCAGGUUUGUAAAAUCUCCCAUGCCCAGAUGAACAAGGGUUAUAAAAUAUGCAUUAGAGGUGUACAACCAGCCAUGAGCAAUUAAUAAGAACACCAGGUAUAUAUUAAAGUAGCCUGUUGUUUACAAGUAAAUGUAAUAACAUUCUAGGACAUUUCCUAGGAAUAUUAUAUUAAGCUUUUUUGUAUUUAGCGCUUAAAGUAAAAUGUAUUGUAAAUCUAUCUUCGGUAUCAACUGUAUUACCACCGUUAUGGACAUAUUAUUUUUUCUAUUAUAAAUGUAGUAAUAACUUAGCCUGUAGGUAAAUAAUAGAAUUUUUGUCAAAUUAUCGUCUGAAAAUUGUUUAUGAAACAUAUGUAUUGAGAAUAAAUGCUAACAUAUUCUAUGUUUUUUUUUUUCAUUUAUCAUGAAAAAAUAUUUUUUUAGUUAAUUUUACAACUUACAUAUUUUAUAUUUUCCUUGGCUUUUUGAAAGAAAUGUAGGUAAUGUAUUCUUUAUAAUACUUUUAAUAUUUUUUUUUUAUUAACUGUCUUUCACAUAUUAUUGUAACAGGAAAGGUUCAUUGUUCUCAGUACGGCCUAUCUCACAAAACCACAAGACCAUAUGUAAAAAGAUGUUUCUUUGCAACAGUUUUUUUAAGAGAAGGGGGAUAAGCCCCAUAUUUUGCUAAUAAAUAAGGAUUUAUGGGGUAAUUCCUGUUUAAAAUAUAAAAAGCAAGGUAGCCAAAAAAAUAAUAACGAAGUGGCAAAAGGGAGAUUCUAAUUCACUUGGCCUAACAAGAACAUAACCUAUCAAUUGUAAUCAUUCACAAUGUAUUGGAAUUAUUGUUAUCAGAAGAUAUUUUCUACCAAAUAUUAAUAUUAUUCCAAGUAAUAGAAGCUAGUUAGUCUUUAAUUGGCUUCUGUACUGUAUUAUGAUUUUUGUUGUGUAAAUGUACCAGAAAACAGACAAAUAAUAAGCAAUGCUAAUACUGUAGUAUCAUAGUGAUGACAACUUGUUCUUUAUUAAUUUGAGGAGUAUAACAAAUACCAUAUUUAUGUACAAAUUAAAUCAACAUAAGAUAGAUUGUCAUAGUUGAGUUUUGCAAAGUACUUAUGGUACACUGUUGCAGUGAUUACCAAUGAUUUCAGGUCUUUUAAUACGCAGUUACCAAUGAAUUCUGGUCUUUUUUAGCCAGUUUCUAUCUAUAAAAUGUAGAGGGCGCUCUUAUGAUUAAUGUGUCAGUAGAGGGCACCUUUAACUUGGGAAGACAAUGUGGCAAGGACAUGACAUGGUUAUUUAAUGCCAAUGAAUUUAAGGCUAUUAAUUUUAUUUAUAUACAAAUUAUAAUAAAAUAAUAAAGGGCACCCUUUCAUAAUUUAUUAAGGCAAUUGGGGGCACACUUUCAUAAUUUAGUAAGACAAUAGAGGGCACCCUUUAAUAAUUUAGUAAGGCAGUAGAAGGUGGAUUUUCAUAAUGCGAGACAGUAGAAGACUCCUUGUCAUAACUGAAGUCAAAUCAAAUCAGAGUUAAAAGAAUACUAGAGUGGUAACUAGGCGAAGUGGCGAAAUUUGUUUAUUCCCACCUCCAAGAUGACCCCACGUUAGUGCUUGUGCUUUACCACCGUGCCACAAUAGGCUAAAGGAGCAUCACGCUCACGCCACGGUGGUAAUGUGCGUAUUCGAAAAAUUUAUUGCACUUGUUUCAAAUGAAAUCUUGUGGCCAAAAGUUUGAAUGUGGACCCGUCUACGUUUAAGUGCGUGCUAUAAGUUAUAUAAUUAGAACUUGUACUCUGACGGUAUUCUUGAUAAUUCUGUAGAUCAACUUACAUUAUGCGAUAGAUGCACAUUGCCCUGUCUCCCGAAAGUCCUGCUCACUAAAUUUAUGUUUCUAAAUAACACUCUGCUUUUACAUAAUUACAAUUUUUGUUUAAAUAUAGCUUACUGAAUCAAGAGAGUUGAUGUACUGACUGUAUUCCCUGCUCAAGCAGAACCCUCUGUUACAGUGUAUGGCAUUAUGGUCAUUGCCACUACAAUAGGCCUAGGCUUAGCCAAACCACACAAUACACAUAGUUCUAGUGAAACCUAUAUGUCCUAAAUGUUAUCAGAACAAAUGGAAUGUUUUAUCAAAACUUGCAAAUAUGCUUAUAUACAUAAAUUUACAUAUUAUAUAUACUCAUAUACGCAAUGUAUAUACAGUAUAUGUAUGUAUAGUAUGUUAAUAUAAAAUAUAUGUAACAUGUAUAUACAUAUAUAAAUAUAAUUAUAUAUGUAUAUAGUAUGUUUACAAUACUGUAUAUGUAUAAUUAUGCAUACAUAUCAGUUUAAUACUAAUAUAGUUGUAUAUUAUGUAUGUCUGUGUUCCUAUGCUCAUUUGUACUUUUUUUUUAUUUGUAUAUUAGUGAUCAAUUUUUCCCUGUCUAUUAUAACUAAUACGAUCAAUGUAUAGUAUGAGUUUUUGAGAAUUAUUAAUCAGUAGAUUUUUUAAUUAAUUACUUUUUCAUAAUAGAAAGGGUAAUCAAAGUAGUUGCCAAUAUUACUACAAUUCCAAUGUGAAUAUAUAACGUCAGUGUGAUGGUUCAUUUGGUCAAUAAACAUGAUUUGUAUGCGAAAAA